UCUCUCUCUCUCUCUCUCUCUCUCUCUCUCUCUCUCUCUCUCUCUCUCUCUCAGUCUCUCUCUCUCUCUCUCUCAGUCUCUCUCUCUCUCUCAGUCGGGCCAUGACGGCGACCGUGUCCUAUUCAUCCCUCCUCCUCCUCCUCCUCCUCUUCCUCCUCCGCUGAUUUGGUGAGACGGACGGAGAGCGCGAGGAUGUCGGUGAAGGCGAAGCAGGGCGAGGCGGUGAAGGUGGUGGUCCGCUGCCGCCCGCUGAGCCGCAGGGAGGAGGCGUGCGGCUACGACAGCAUCGUGUCGGUGGACGUGAAGCUGGGCCUGGUGGCGCUGCGGAACCCCGGCAGGGCGACCCCCGACGAGCCCCUCAAAACCUUCACGUUCGACGCGGCGUACGACGGAGCGUCCCGGCAGGGCGACGUGUACGAUGAGGCGGUGCGGCCGCUGGUCGACUCGGUGCUGCAGGGCUUCAACGGCACGGUGUUCGCCUACGGACAGACCGGCACCGGCAAGACCUACACCAUGCAGGGCCAGUGGAUGGAGGCCGAGCGCCGCGGCAUCAUCCCCCGCUCCUUCGAGCACAUCUUCACGCACAUCUCCCGCUCGCAGAACCAGCAGUACCUGGUCAGAGCGUCCUACCUGGAGAUCUACCAGGAGGAGGUCCGGGACCUGCUGGCCGAGUCCAAGGAACAGGGCAGGAAGCUGGAGCUGAAGGAGAGUCCGGAGUCGGGCAUAUACGUACGAGACCUCUCGUCCUUCGUCACCAAAAAUGUGAAGGAGAUCGAACAUGUGAUGAACGCGGGGAACCGGGCGCGCUCCGUGGGCUUCACCAACAUGAACGAGCACAGCUCCCGCUCACACGCCAUCUUCACCAUCACGGUGGAGUGCGGGCAGCCCGGGCCGGACGGACGUAGCCACAUCCGCGUGGGCAAGCUCAACCUGGUGGACCUGGCGGGCAGCGAGCGGCAGGCCAAGACAGGGGUCAGAGGGGAGCGCCUGAAGGAGGCCGCCAAGAUUAACCUGUCGCUCUCGGCUCUGGGCAACGUCAUCUCGGCGCUGGUGGACGGCCGCAGCUCCCACGUUCCUUACCGUGACUCCAAACUCACCAGGCUGCUCCGGGACUCUCUGGGCGGAAACGCUAAGACCAUCAUGGUGGCCACACUGGGGCCGGCCUCGUGCUGUUACGAGGAGACGCUAACCACGCUGCGCUAUGCCAGCCGGGCCAAGAACAUCAAGAACGUGCCGCGGGUCAACGAGGACCCUAAAGACGCCCUGCUGAGGGAGUUCCAGCAGGAGAUCGCCCGGCUCAAGGCACAGCUGGACCGACGUGGAAUGCUGACCGAAAGGAAGAGGAAGAGAAGGCUCAGGCAGCUGAAGAGCGAAGAUGGGGACGAGGUGGAGAACGAUGAGGAAGAUGAGGAUGAGGAUGACAAUGGUGAUGACGUUGCCGAAGAUGCUGAAGAUGACGACGAGGAAAGUAUGGAGAAGGAGGCGCAGGAGUACAUGAAGGAACAGCAGGAGAAUCUGGAGCGGGAGAAGGAGGCCAUCAUGGACGACUGCUCGCUGGUGACUGAGGAGAAGCAGAAGCUUCUGGAGGAGAAGGAGAAGAUGAUGGGAGACCUGAAGAAGGAGCAGGAGGCCACCGCGCUCCUCACCGCCAAGUUCAAGGCGAUGGAGAGCAAGCUUCUGGUUGGAGGAAAGAACAUCAUCGAUCACACCAACGAACAGCAGAAGAUGCUGGAGCAGAAAAGACAAGAGAUCGCCGAUCAGACGCGGAAGGAGCGCGAGAUGCAGCAGCAGAUGUUGGUCCAGGACGACGAGACGCUGGAGCUGAGAGAAACGUUCUCCUCCCUGCAGCAGGAAGUGGAGGCCAAGACUAAAAAACUAAAAAAGUAUAAAAAGCUGUAUGCUAAGCUGCAGGCAGUGAAGGCGGAGAUCCAGGACGUUAAUGAUGAGCACAUUAGAACCAGACAGGAGCUGGAACAGACGCAGAACGAGCUCACGAGAGAACUCAAGUUCAAGUACCUGAUCAUAGAGAACUUCAUUCCUCCAGAGGAGAAGAAUAAGAUCAUGAACCGGCUGGUGUUUGAUGCUGAGGAGGACCAGUGGAAGUUCCAACCUCUCGUCCCCGCUGAGAAUAAGUUCACCCAGAUGAAGAGGCGACCUGCCUCCGCAGUGGGCUACAAGCGACCGAUCAGCCAGUUCGCCAGGGUUGCCAUAGCGAUGGGAGCCCACUCCAGAUACAGGGCUGAGAACAUCAUGAUUUUGGAGCUGGACAUGACUCCGCCCACCCUGUUUCAAAUGGACUUCCCAAAGGCAAACUCAGAGGCGGAGCCAAGCCGAGACGUGCUAUUGGACAAUGCUUCAUACCGAGAGAAAACAGCGGCCAACCGGGUCAGGAAAUCACGGUCAUGGUGCCAAGCUCCUCGGCCCGUUUCCACCUCGAGCUCCGCCCUCUCUCUGGCGUCCUCAGGGUCCAACAGCCUGCCACACACCCACAGCACCGCCACGGCAACAGCCCAACAAUGAGACUCCAGGGAACUGCGCUCGUCGGAUGAGCGAGGGUCAGUCGUCCCGCGCCCACCCCCCCAACCCCCCUCCCCUUUUUGUUUGCAAAAUAAAACAGAAAAUUGGCGGAGAAGUUCGCUCAGUUGACCCGGUCAGGAGAGGACAGAACCUUCAGCCUGUUCUCCUCUGCUUCAAACCACUAGGAUAAGGAGCGCUCUAGGACAGAUUUAAGUACCACGCCCUUCAUUUUUAUCUCUUUUCUCCUCUUUAUCUUCACUUCUGUCAUGACCCUGCUGGGCUCUGAAUACCUGCCGUAGAUGGAUCGGUCAUCAUCGAUUCAUCCCUGCCUCUUCCAACAUCAGGGGUCCGUUUAAUUUAACUUAAGUUUUCUUUGCUGCCUUUUUUUUAAAAGCUUGACUACUGGACAACCUCAAUAUGUUUACUACUGAUGUGCUGGAAAAAAAGAAAACACUGUAGGUCCUAUCAGUGGUUUUCAGCUGGAAAACUGAAAGACCCUAGGAAAUAAUUCCGUAAGCACCCCGGUAAGGAUGGACAAUCUUCUUCUCUGGACAAACACUGAAGAGGAUUUCGCCGGAACCGAAGCGAACAGAGCUCUGCGACUGGCUGGCUAAAUCCCUGCCCACCGCUCACUCCUCUGUGUGGUCUACUGUAAAGAAAAGAGCACUAGACGAGAGACGGAGGGAUGGCGGACGAGCGCAGAAGCCGUUCUCUCGUUCUUAAAGCUCUGCCUGCAUGUUUUACUGUGUGUAUGUGUCCUAGUGAUUCGGUUCAGGGUGGUGGAAUGGGGUCUGGAUUCCAGUCGGCUGGAUCUGUGUUCUCGAAGUUCUGGAAGGGUUCUAGAAUGGCCAGUGAUGAGGGUGUGGCCUGUGCAUAGAAUUAAAACAGAUAGAAUAGUGGAGCGCAGUUGUUCGCCAGUUGACUUGCCUGUGCUCCACUGAUAGCAUGCUGCUAAAAAAAAAUCCCCUCCAACUUAAACGGCAAAUAUUCAAAAUACAUAAAUUAUUCACUGCUGUUUGUUUCGUUUCAUUACAUAAUGUCCAGUUUCCAGUUUGAAAUGCUGCUGACUUUGUCGUGGCUAAUUGAAACUAGGCAGGCUAGCCACAACAUUGAAUGUGCCACCAUGCUAAAGUUAGCUCGAUUACACAAUGGAAAUACGUGCCGCAGUAGUCCCCCAGAGUGAGAUUUUCCAGUUAAAAGUGAGAUUUUUGAGUUAGAAGUGAGAUUUUUGAGUUAAAAGCCUCGGAAAAUCCCCUUCUGAUGAUGUAUUUUGAAAGUGGGAGGAACCUCUGAAAAACUACAGUUGCUGUACAGAAAGCAGAAUGCUAACGCUAAGCUAACGCUGCUAGGAAACAGAAAAUCAUACUGCUGUUGCGUAGUUGCAGGACCUGUGUCCAAAACAGCAGCACAGCGGAGAGAAUUCCUUACUUAAACGACAGAAAUGUCCCGUCAGAUGAGAAGAAUAGAUGUGGUUGGUUAGUGUAGUGGUUAACACCUCUGCCUUCUACACUGUAGACUGGGGUUCAAUCCCUACCUGGGUAAACACCCUACACUACACCAAUAAGAGUCCUUGGGCAAGACUCCUAACACCCCCUUCACCUACCUGAUCAAAUUGUAAGUUGCUCUGGAUAAGAGUGUCAUAAAUGAGAACAAGCUACAAGCUGAAUUAACCACCUGGCUAUAUAGUUUACCUCAGUUUGGCUUCUUUUCUUAGGCUGAAAGGAGAAACAACUUUGUGCUGAAUUAAGCUACAACAGCAGAGGCAAGAGCUGCGCUAAAGCUAGCUCGACUGUAUUUAUCAGCUUACAGAUCAGCGGCUAGGCUAGCGGGCAGGUUGUACAACGUAUUUGCGUAAUGCACGGCGUGUAUUUUUAGCGAAGGAACAUUGAUGAGCUGGAAAUCGUGAAAACUGGGAAUUCCAUCAAUGCGUUGAGGCUAAGGGUUUCAUGCUACGCUACAGACGACCACAUAGCACGGCAAAUAGCAUAUUAAACCACAAUUUCUCGUUAGGUUGAAGGAGAUUUUUGCCAAGCUUUCCCUAAAGCUUUAAAAGUUGAGGUAAAGCAGAACGCAGUGGUGAACGGAGAAUGGGAUGGGUCAGUUUGUGGACAAUUAGCCACGAUCCCAAACAGCGCAAGCACCUACUAUGCAGUCAGAAAAGGUGAACUGGUUUGCCAGGGUGAAAAGAAGACGACGUUAUUGUUGAUCCCAGUAAGAAAUUACUGCCAUCUUUCCUCACAAGGCAGUUGUUUUAACAUCCCAGUUAGCCUGCUGAGCCAGUAUGUUAGCCAACCUGCUAAUGCAGUUAAAGUCGCAGUAAGAGAGUUUACAUUGAGGCCCACAGUUUGUGGACAAAAGGGCCCCCUAAAUGUCGGCUUAAAGUUAAAAUAGAAUUUAAGAUGUAGACAAAGACAUUCAGAGUGGUUCGUUGUGAAAUGUUCCACUUAAGAAAACCUUGCUGAGUCAUUUUUUACAGUGGUGGUGAUAGGAACCAGACGUCUGGAGUGCUGAAUGCCUCUAAGCUCCCUCACAGAAAGUUAACAUGUGAAAUGAUGCCGAAUGUCUAAAACAUUGCUUUACGAUAGUUUAGCAAUAAGAUACAUAAAGAUAUAUUUGUGAGGGAGAGGUGCAUGCAAGGAGCUGAGAGGCAAAAUAGUCCCCAAAGAAAAUUUACUUCUUCUGUUUUACCAUCAACGUUGCUUAGUAAGCAAAACAGCUACAUUUGUGUGGAAAACAUGGUGACCCCUGGUUCCUAUUACCACCACUGUAAAGCAAUCUUAAAUCAGUAAGUUUCUCUGCACUCUUAAUAAGGUGGUUCUUCAAGGGUUCUUUAGUAAAGGUAAUGGUUCUAUUUAGAACAGUGAGCUCCAUAUAGAUCCAUUUGCCUGCUUAAAGGGUUCUUUGCAUCAUGAAAUGAUUUUUUUUUCCCAAUUGAUGGAGAAUAUGCUGCAGAUGGUUCUAUGCAGAACCUCCUUGAAAUUGGUUCUAUAUAGCAUCAAAAAGAGAUAUAGAAGAGAAAUAGAAGAACACUUUCGGUGCAUGUACAACCCAUUCACCAACAUUCUGAAGAGCCAUGGUUCUUUGAAUUUUCAUGGUUCUACCCAUCGUAAAAAGAUGGUUUUCCAAGGGUUCUUUAGGAAAGAAAAUGGUUCUGUAUAGAACCACUGAAAGAACCCUUAGUGUCAUUAAAUUGCUUUUACACAGUGAAAUGGUUCUUCAGACUGAUAGAGAAUGUGUUGUAUAUGACUCUACAUGGACCCUUUUUGAAAAUGCUUCUAUAUAGAACCAAAAAGGGUUCUGCUAUUAUGAUAAAGUCAAGCUUGUAACAAUAGAAGAACCCUUUUUGGUGAUAUUUAGAACCAUAUAAAAAACAUUCCCCAUUAUACUGAAUAGCCGCGGAGAACCAUUCUUUGGAUUAUCAUGGUUUUCCAAGGUUUCUUUAGAUGGAACUCUUUUUAUAGAGGUUGUAUAUAGAACCAUAGACAGCACAUUCUCCAUCAACCUGGAGAGUGAUUUCACAAUGCAAAGAACCCUUGAAGCAUGCAAAUGGUUCUUUAAGUGUUCUUCAACUGCCUUUACUGAAGAACCACUGAAGAACCAUCUUUUUUAAGAGUGUACAGUGAACCGUUUCACAUCAAACCUCUUUAAAUGACUGUGUUAACAUCCCACCCACUGAAUUAUUACAUAAAAUUACUGAUGUUCCACUUUAAGCGCUUUGGUUUUCAGACUUUCAGGAGAAGUGUAGGAGGAUCUGUUCAACCCUUUUUAAUUCUAUGGUUCUAUGGAGGUUGCAGCUUCGCUUAGACCUUUUAAUUGCUGCUCAAAUUCAAAGUAAUGAGCCUGGUACCAUAAGACAACAUAGAGUAAGCCUACAAGACAAUGCUAUACACAUACAGACACACUUGAGCUUUGCUUUGACCCACCUAAUUAAAGUAGCCAUACGCUCCAGCCGACAGCCGCCUCCCUGACUGUGACCGUUUAGAUAGAUGACGUUUCGUUCUGCAUAAGGACUGUGAAUAUUUGCGUGUGUUUAAAUUGUGUGUUAUUGGCUAAAAGACUGUAAGAUAUCUCUGAAUUACUGAAUUAAAGGAAGAGCUCGCUGUUGAAAAUGGAGGAAA